CCAAAAGGUGUCCUCCAACCAGCUGAGUCUCACCCAAUCAACAAGAGGUUUUUCUGCUCUUCAAUUGUCGCUCUGGGUGACUGCAGCCUUUCUCACUGAUUGACAUCGUCGUCAACUCCAUUUCUUGUCCCAAUCUCCGACAAGUCUCAAGUUUUAUAGCCCUUGGAAGCGGACCAGUUUGAAAGAAGACCGUCAUUUGUUUGUUCGGGUUUAGGCGUGAAGAAACAUACAUUAUAGCACUCUAGCUAGAGUAUUGGACCUUUCUGGGUAGAUUCGAUUGAAGUUGCUUUGCAAGGCACUGAAUGCCUUCCGCCAUUCGAAGAAACACAGCAGCAGGAGAUGGAUAGCUUGCAAGCAUAGCUUGUUUCUUUAAUGUUGCAGCAGCUACUUAGAAAUCAAGGGUCGUACUGGUACCUUCCUGACGACACCGGAAUCAACAAUAAUGAGUAUACCGCUCGAAUUGCGCCAAUUCGAUGGCAAUCGGACGCUCCACCACAUGUCUCAUCGUCACCUUCACCAUCAUGCCUUCCAGUUAUCGAUCGAGUGAUCAAGGCAGCCAGGGAAAAAACGUUGAAGGCGACACGAUCCAAACCCGAUGAGACACUCUCCGUGGAAGCUGCUAAACAAUUGCAGACAGAUUAUACAACCUGGCCCUCAACCAUUUGGGAUACUAACCUGAACGACUCUGACGGUGAGAUUGUCUUUGAUUUUCCCAAUGGUUCUAGUGAUUCGGACGAUGGUGAUUGCAACGAAGUACUUCUUGUCAACGGUGACUGUACCAAGUCAGUUGAUACUCUGGAGACGGACGAGGAGACCACGAGUAUUCCGUCUCCGAGUUCCCUUUUGGAAGGUCACAAUACGUGGGAACAACAAGAGUUGGAUCUGAGUGAUAUCCCCGUCGAGCAUGACUUGUCCUACUUUGACUCCCCACUGCGAGGUCCAUUGGCUCCAGACAAAUUGGGGGAACAGAGAGAAAGCCCAAUCACCGCUUUCAGCGCAAACCUCGUUGGUCACACGCUGGACCCAGAAAGACCUUGUCACGCUCAUGAUGGCAGUUUCAAUUCCUUUGAUUUCUCUUCCUUGAUUGUUGCGGAGUCAGACUCAACUGACAGUGGUGAAUUCGUUCAGCAGCAACAGCCAGCUAUACCGAUACCACCCAAGCUGAAAAAUCCAGUUAAAAGACUACGUUUCGCUGACGAGGAAGGAAAGCAAAUGGAAGUCGUACAUCUCAUCGACGCACAUGAUUACUACCAUGACCCGGCACAACGGAGGAUUCUGUUCUUGCUGCUGUUGCCAGAGGAAAGGACGUUUGAGUUUGUUCAUGCUGAGUAUUGCAUUGAAGCCCGCCUACCCAUUUCCUCCUUGCUUCGUCAACUUCCUAAAAUGGCCAAGGACUCUAAAAUCAUGAAGCAAACCUACCAUGGUCUCUGCAAGGCGACCGGUGGGGCCGAGCUCAUCAAUGCACUGGCUAUACAAGACUACCGUCUCAACACGGAUGAGAUUAUUGUUGCUGUGCCCAAAGGGUACACCGGGAAGUGUAUUUAUGACAUUGCCAAGGGACUAGUUGAAAACAAGAAGGUUUUGAGGGCUGUGAAGCGAACGCAUCGUCGCGAGCAUGUACUUCACAGGUUUAAACAAGACCAAGGUUUCGUCGAAAAGCAAAGGGACAGGUUUAACCGAUGGAAACAUGGGGACGAACCAAUCGAGACCGGCGACGACGAUGUUUCUACCAGCAAUAGAUCACGCGGGAAGAGCAAGAGCUCAAAGCACAGCUCUGACGCUGGCACAAAGGUGGAGCUUGAAGUGUCCGUCGAGUUCAGACGGAGUAUUGAACGGAGCAUGAGGCGAUUCAGUCACCCGCUAACGCUGGAAAGAUCAAUCAACAGUGAGGACGAUGGGGCCAGACGACGAAUAAAUGACAGGGUUCCCUUCCAACGAUUAUCCGACGGUGAUGAGCUGGAAGAAGACAAUAAGCAAACGCCGAAAGAGAAUUUGCCAUCAUUCCGUUCGGUGGUUGGGUCUCGCAGCCCUCCACGAACACGUUCCCCUCGUACUACUGGACCAGCUAUCGUGGUUGGUCCUCCCCAGAAAUCUCUUUUGCAGAGGAAAAAACUGUUCCAAAGAAAGGAGUCGCCGACAAAGCCAAGAAACAUCGUGGAUGAGCCUUGCCAAGAGCAAGCGGGGAAGUCCAACUGGGCCAGACGUUUCGCAAAGAAGCUGAAGAUUGGUGGAAAACGCAUGAAAAAUUUUGUUGCCAGCUAAUAGUAAUUCUGCCUGUAAGAUAGUAGUAAAACAGUACUAGUAUGUUGUAGUGUGUUU